AGGAAGGAAUUCUUUCCUGCGUCAUCACACGGCGCCGAUGUGAAUUAUACUUGGCGCCAAAGAAACCAUAGCGAAAUUGAUGUGAACUUGUCUUUUCAAAAUAAAGACGUAACAUAUGUUAUUGCUUUGACCAUGGACAUUCGGAGAUUUUUUGCUCCCACAAAACCAGCUCCUCCUAAAGCCCCCUUGAACAGCAGCAGCAGCAGCAGGACAGAUGAGGAGAAGAAGCCCAACAAAAAGAAAUCAGCGUCCAAGACCCCAGAGGAGAAGCUGCCUGGAAAGAGAAAGAGGGAGAAAAAGAGAGCGGUCAUAGACUCUGACUCUGACGAAGAGGAGCAGAAGCAGAGGAAGUCAAAAAAAGAACAUCAGAAAGAGAAGGCAGACCCCCCAGUGAAGACAGAGAAGGAGAAGAAAGGACCCAUCCAGUAUGUGUCUGACUCAGAUUCAGACGAUGCAUUUCUGUCCUUGAAGAAGCCAGUGGAGAAUGGCCUUAAGAAGGCUGGCAAAGAUGCUGACAAGAAAACACAGAAGGGCCCCACUAAAGUGCCCAUUAAGUCAUCUCCAAAAUCACCUGUCAAGUCCCCUACUAUAUCCAAACCCAAGCAAAAAGUGGUACUCUCUCCCAAACAAACUCCCACCUCAGUACUGGACUUCUUUGGAUCCAGCAGUGUCCAGCGUUCGGACAAGAAACUUGUGGCCAGUGUCAAAAGGAAAGCACCCACUCAGGAUCUAGAUGAGUCUCAGGAUGAUGAGGUCAUCGCAAAACAGCUACAGAUGGAUGAGGACAUGGAGCUGGAAAAACAAAUUCAUGAGGACGAAGAGUUCGCCCGAACUCUAGCUAUGCUAGAAGAGGCUCCACUUGCUAAAAAGGCUCGUACGGACACUGGUGACAGGCCCAGCUCCAGCUCCAGCUCCAGCUUCUCUCCCAGUAAACAGAAGGACAGGACGGAGCAGCCAAGCCAGAGCCAGAAGCGGCCCUCACCCAAAAAGGAGGCAGCCAGCCCCAGCAGCCAGACCAGUAAGACGGACACUCUCAAGAAGACCAGCUCCAAGUUGGCCUCCAUGAAGCGCCGAGAUGAGGAGCAGGAGACCAGGAAGAAGAGUGAGAAGGAGGAGAAGAAGGAGGAGAAGAAGCUCAUCUCGCCCAAAAAAGAGCCCGUCCACUCGGAGAGAGCAGCCACACCCAGAACAGGAGGUCCAAGUACGCCAAAAACCGGUGACCUUACGCCUAAAACAGGAAGUGCUGAAACACCUGGCUCAAGCAAGAUCUCUCCUAAAAAGCCAGAGACUAGUCCAGAGGAUUCGGAGAAGCGCCGGGGAAAUUCCGCUGCUUUCCGGAACUACCUCAAUAGAGACGGUCCACGUGCACUUGGCUCCAAAGAAAUCCCUGUGGGUGCUGAGAACUGUCUGGAGGGGCUGACGUUUGUGGUGACUGGUGUUCUGGAGUCGAUAGAACGUGAUGAUGUCAAGUCUCUCUUGGAGCGCUAUGGAGGGAAAAUGACUGGAAACGUCAGCAGGAAGACCAGCUAUCUGGUGGUGGGGCGCGAUGGAGGAGCCUCCAAGACUGAGAAAGCAGAAAGUUUGGGCACUACGAUCAUCGACGAAGAUGGCCUACUGGAGCUGAUUCGGACCAAACCUGGAAAGAAAUCCAAAUAUGUGAUUGCUGCAGAGGCAGAGAAUAAAGGGAUGAAGAGUAAGACUAAGACCCCUCCUCGUGCCCAGACCCCAAGGACUCCGCAGCGCACGCCCAGCCCGAGGAAGCCCCGCCCAGGAGAGGUCAAAGGUCAGACCACCCCGGGGCGUAAAAUGGCCUCGACGACAGAUGUGAAGAAGGAGCUCUCUUUUGGGCGGAAGGCUGCCCCAGAGGAUGAUGGGAGCAGUCUGAUGUGGGUGGAUAAAUAUCGGCCUCAGACCCUGAAGAAUGUGAUUGGGCAACAGGGCGAUCAGAGUUGUGCGUCUAAACUCCUGCGCUGGCUCAAGAACUGGUACAGCAACCACAGUGGAGAGAAGCCUGCCGCAGCGCGCUUUGGACGCUUUGGAGGUAAAGACGACGGAUCUUCUUUUAAGGCAGCGUUGCUGUCAGGCCCUCCUGGUGUAGGAAAGACCACCACUGCAGCUCUUGUGUGUCAGGAGUUGGGCUACAGCUAUGUGGAGAUGAACGCCAGCUGUGCGCGCAGCAAGAACACGCUCAAGCAGGUGAUCGCUGAGUCUCUGAACAACACCAGCAUCAAGAACUUCUACUCAGGUGCAUCUCAGACGGUCAGCAAGAAACAUGUGCUGAUCAUGGAUGAGGUGGACGGCAUGGCGGGAAAUGAAGACAGGGGGGGAAUUCAGGAAAUGAUUUCUUUAAUAAAGAGCUCCAAGAUCCCCAUCGUGUGCAUGUGUAACGACCGUAACCACCAGAAGAUCCGCUCCCUCUCCAACUACUGCUUUGACCUGCGCUUCCAGAGGCCACGCGUGGAGCAGAUUAAGGGUGCCAUGAUGUCCAUCUGCUACAAAGAGGGCUUGAAGAUCCCGCCUCCAGCUCUCAAUGAGAUUAUUUUAGCCUCCAACCAGGAUCUCCGACAGGUUCUGCAUAAUCUCAGCAUGUGGUCCGCCAAAGACAAGGUCAUGACCUAUGACCAGGUCAAAGAAGACGCCAAGAAUGCAAAGAAAGAUAUGAAAAUGGGUCCGUUUGAUGUGUGCCGGAAAGUGUUUACAAAGGGAGACGAGACAGCGCACAUGAGUUUGAUUGACAAGUCAGACCUCUUCUUUCACGACUAUUCUCUGGCCCCACUCUUCGUCCAGGAGAAUUAUGUACACGUCAAACCCGCUGCAGCAGGUGGUAACCUGAAGAGCCACCUGGUGCUGCUGAGCAGAACUGCAGACAGCAUCUGUGACGGAGACCUGGUGGACCGACAGAUCCGCUCCAAGCAGACCUGGUCCCUGCUGCCCACACAGGCCAUCUAUGCCAGUGUGCUGCCGGGGGAGUUGAUGCGUGGCUACAUGAGCCAGUUCCCCACGUUCCCCAGCUGGCUGGGCAAGUUCUCCUCCACGGGCAAACACAGCCGCAUCGUCCAGGACCUGGCCUCUCACAUGUGCCUGAGGACCCAGUGCAGUAAGCAGGCGGUGAACCUGGACUACCUGCCCUACCUGCGCUCAGCCCUGCUGGAGCCCCUGCAGCGCGCGGGCGCCGAGGGAGCCAGCCAAUCAGUGCAGCUCAUCGACGACUACAACCUCAUCAAGGAGGACGUGGACAGCAUGAUGGAGAUCAGCACGUGGGGGGGCAAGCCGGACCCCUACUCCAAACUCGACCCCAAGGUGAAAGCGGCGUUCACUAGAGCCUAUAACAAGGAGAGCCACCUGACGCCGUACUCGCUGCAGGCCGUGAAGAAGGGCAAGCGGGGAGCCACUGAGCCUGACCUGACCUCGCCGGACGGAGAAAACAACUCGCAGGCACAGGAGGAAGAGGAGGAGGAAGAGCCAGCUGAUGCCAUGAUCAAGCAGAAGAAGGCUAAGCCUGUGAAACCCAAAGCAGAGGACUCUGGCAAGGGCAAAGGCAAAGGCAAAGGAAAAGGAAAAGGAAAAGGCAAGAACUAACGGCUAGCUAACCACCACACUGCCACGCGCAGGACCACCCCAUCUUGACCCCUCCCAAUAUGUCUGCCUGUGAAGGGAUACACUGUACAGACUUCUUCAAAGGGCUUUUAUAAUCUUCCGUCAUCCUCCCCUCUCAUCUUCCUCCUCUUCCUCACCACGCUGUUGUUUUGUAUGAUAACCUUUCUCAGCCUUAGACUAUGCUGUCAUAGUGACCGAGGGGAGUGGCCUCACUGACCUGGGAUGUACAUAUAAACUUCCAUUGCUGACUGAACAGGUUUAAUAGCUCUUUCUGUGGGAAGCACUUUAGACAGCACACUUAUGUUUUUGAUAGAUCCAGAUUUUUGCUGUACAUUUGUGUGAUGGAAACCCUUUUUGCAAGGGUGAGUAAUAAACUGUUUAUUAAUACCAUGA